AUGAGAUCUAGGCCCGAAUUCGAGCAAUUGGUGGAAUCGAUGAAGCAACAACAAUCCUCUGCCGCUGUUACUAAUCAAAAUCAAGUGAACUUUGUUGCUUGUUUGACUAAUUUGUUCAAAGACAUUGUGAUUGCCAUUGAAGAAAAUAAUGAGACUUUAAGGAUUAAUCUAUGCGGUAAAGAUGGAAUUAUGUAUGCCAUAUGUGAGCUCCAAGAUGAGUGUGAUUCUCGGGGACCUGACCCAAGGGAGAUCGAAUUAGGUUUUAGUUUAGUUAAUCUGGAAUUGCUUUCCCGAGCAACCAGAGCUUUUAGGAGCGAAAAUUUCAGUAAAGUUGUUCAGGACAUUACGGGUUAUUAUGUGAUUUUAAAGGGGUUCUUCAUGGUGGAAAAUGUGAGGAAGGCUAUUAGCAUUGAUGAGCAUGUACUUGACAGCCUCACAAUGUCCAUGGUGGACGACGUGUUCUAUGUUCUACAGAGUUGCUAUAGGAGGUCGAUAUCUACUUCUAAUAUUAACUCAGUGAUUGCAGUACUGAGCAGUGCUGUGAGUUUGUUGAGUGGCGAGUAUAAUGAAGCGUUGGAGCAGAAAAUGAGGGAGCCUAACCUUGGAGCGAAGCUGUUUAUGGGUGGUGCUAGUGUGCAAAGGACUGGGACAGAGAUUGCCAUAGCUUUAAAUAACGUGGAUGUUAGUAGCUAUUAUACACUGAAACUACGGCAUAAGAUUGAAGAACAAUGUUCAGAGGUCAAUGGCAAUUGUACUUCUCUUUUGGUUACUUCUAUUCAGUCCCCAUCUUUUUUAAGGAUUUUUUUUGUUUUGGCUCUUUGUCUGGGUAGAGCUUUGCAUUCAAAGUUUCAUUUCUUAAAGGAGUAUACUAAAAUUACUGGUUCAUACAUAACAUAA